AGCGAUGUCAUGGCAUUUUCUAUUUUUAGCAUGUGACGUAAUCGAGUACCUGGGCCCGGUCACUAGCACCCUGCCACGCGCCACAAGCACCCCAGCUCCAUCUACGGAAACUAGGAGCGGUGCUACUUCAGCAUUUAUCUCCAAAGAUGGCGCCACGACAACUAGUGUUGGAACAACGACUACUGCUGUGGAACAGAAUGGGAUCAGUAAACUCGUUCCCGCGCUAGCGUCUGCUGCGGCAGCUGCGUUGCUGAUGGUCAUCGUCAUCGUCGUCAUCAUCGUCGUCAUCAGGAGGCGAAAAAGACCCGACACUGCUCCUCUCUCUACUCCCUCUUCCGACGACCCAGGUGGCGCUGUCUCAACCAACGCACCAGCCAACCAACAAGAGAGCAUCAUCUACAACGAGAUAUACGAUUCGUCGACGCCUCAACAAACUAAGCUGCGCGAUGAUGUAGGGGGCGCCACUAGCCAGCCCGGCGGCAUGACCUAUAACGACAUGUACGAGUCGGCCGAUGGAGCUGCCGGAAACAAUGGAGCAGCGAAUGACGGUGACGCCAUCUAUAACGAUAUCUACGAAGGAGGUUGCGGUGCUUCAAUGCAAGUCAACGACAUUUACGAAGCCGGCGCGUCGGCCGACGAGUACGAUUACACAUACGCGCCAGUAGGUGGCGCCACUGGGCAGGACGUCGGUGCAGACGGAGUGUACGCAACCAUUCAGUGAUGCCGUGCUGUGACGAGCGACGUGCGGUGUUCGUGCGAACAGAUUAUGCAGCACGUGACAAUGAAAACACUGCGACGAUUACGUCACACUGACGUCGUCACCACGUUAUUCGAAUUGUUGGCGCGACCGAUCACCGUCGACAAGCUGUGUGGAAGAGGAAGAACCGUAUUGCUUAUAGUGACAAUACUACC